AUGAUUUCUAAAAACAUUCAGAACAAAAUGAGUGAAAAGAUUCUAAAAACUAAGAGUAAGAAGUACACUCUGAAGUGUUUAACAUUACACCUUCCACAGUUUGGGAACAACGUACAGGUUACAUUAGUUUCAUAUGUGCCCUUUAACGGGACUGGUAAGAGUGACAGCAUCCUCACAAGCAUUCUGCUGCCUUUAAGAGGGCAAGAGAUCAAUGAAGUGACCCUUUCCAGAUUAAGACUCCGAGUUCUUCCGUUCGAAGUGCUACUCAAUAACAGUAUAGAGAGCCUAAAUCUGGACCGGAACAAGCUGAAACAUAUCACUGGGAUUUCAAGCCUUUAUAAUCUGAAAAAAUUGAUUUUGUCAAAAAAUACUAUGACAGAUUUCCCAGUGGAGAUCCGGAACCUGAUCCAUCUGGAGAAGCUCGAGCUCAAUCAAAAUCAAAUCCAAGAUAUCCCAGAGGGGAUCUUCUCUUCUCUCUCUAAGUUAAAACAUCUCCGACUUAACAACAACUGUUUAGGCAAUCUUCCUAAGGAUUUAAGUUCCUGCCGGGACUGUCUCCAGUAUCUGAACUUGUCCACAAACGUAUUCCAAGCCAUCCCUAAAGUAGUCUUGGAGUUGAAGAACUUGCAAGAGUUCUAUGUGCAAAAUAACUUUUUGCGUCAGCUCCCUAAAGAGCUGUUCACAGAGCUAUCCCUGAAGAUGUUUAAAGUAAAUGGGAACUCAUUGAGGGAACCUCCAGAUGAAGUAUGUGCAGGGGGUAUCAAACAGAUCAUCAGUUACUUCAACCAGCUACAGAACGGCCAAGCUGAGGAGGACAAGCGUGUCAAGACAAUGUUUUUGGGGACAUCCUUAGCAGGAAAAUCUACAGUGUGCAAAAGCUUAAAGCAGGGACAAGUUGUUCGACUAUCCAAGGAAGAGCGCACUGUUGGGAUCGAGAUAAGCGAGUUCCAUAUCCAAGGCUUCACUUUCCUCUUUUGGGAUUUUGCUGGCCAGCUGGAAUACUAUGUGACCCACCAUAUGUUCAUUACUUCACAGGCCCUUGUCAUCUUGGUCAUUAACCUUCACCAGUAUCAGCUUACCAAUGACUCCUUCAAGGAUCUUGUUGGAUUUUGGAUUAGCAACCUCUUUAUGCGAGUGCCAAAUUCUGUGGUCCUUCCUGUGGGAACUCAUGUGGAUGCUUGUUCAGAAGAGGAGGUUGAAGAAAAGAAAAGGGAUAUCAUGUGCAAGAUACAGGCCAUGCUGAAGGAGAGACAGACCAUCCUAAGUCACCUUAUAACUAACCUGGAAGACAAUGAGGAAUCGGAGUUCUAUGAAGACCAGUGGACUCGAGUGAAAGAAAUGGAAAAUUGCACCCUUACAAUUCUAGAUCUUGUUCCUGUCAACUGCAUGGAUUACCUGGACAUUAAAAAACUUGAAGAAAUCAUCUUGGAGCACGUCAAGAAUGAAAAGCUCUUCCCCAAUGUCAUCCAAGUGCUCCCCCCUAUCUAUAAACAAGUAGAAGCAGCAAUUGUAGAUAUGAUGCAAAAUAACGAAGAGAUGACUGAACAUGGGAUGGUGAAUUUCAACCUUUUACACAGCAAGCUCUUUCGCCGGUAUCAUUUGGAUAGAGAACUUCUGCGGGAUAUUUUGAGAUACCUUCAUCGCAUUGGAUUAAUUGUAUGGUAUGAAAAGAUCGAGCAGCUGAAGGACACACUGUUCUUACGUCCAACUGUUCUGAUCACUCUCUUCAAAACUCUUGUGAGGUAUGGCCUAAUGCAACAGCUGGAGAGCAUUUCUGUGGACAUCUUGAUAGGAGAACAUGCCACCAUCCGAGACCGGGACAAUUGGGCAUUGAUGUUUAAAUCCAAAGCCAUCCUAUGCCAGAAAGCCAUGAGAGCUUUGCUCAAGCAGCAGCUUUCUUUAGACAACAUGGUAGACAUCUUUGAGGAAAUGGUGGGAAGCAGAUUACAGAAGGGGAAACUUUUCAGCCUACUUGAACACUUUGAGAUCUGCCUGGAGAUCAGAAAUGUAGGAGGACUUAAUCCUAGAGCCAGAACAUUUGUCCCUGGGGAGCCAUGGGAAACUCUGCCAAACCUAGAGAAGGACACACACUACUUAUUUCCUAACUAUCUCAAUCAAAGUCAGGAGGUUUCAACAAAGUGGGGAGAAGAUCACAAAGAGGACUUGCAUAUUCGCUUGUACUUUUCUCCUGAGAUUCCAGAGAGCUUCUUCCAAAGACUCAUGGUGAAAGCUUGUUCCUUCUUUUCAACUCACUGGGUUGCUAAAACCAUUUGCCUGCUCAUAAGUAGUGGCACACCUUUACUGAUCAAAGCAAAUAACCAAAAAGGUUACAGCUACAUUGAGCUCAGGUGCAGAAAGCCAGGACAGACAGCUGGAUUCCAAUUAACCUGGGACUUUAUUAUAACAAUCAUCUCCAUCAACCAAAAACUCCUGGAGGAAUGGCCUGGGCUCCAUCUUUGCAUAAAGGCUCCUUGCCGGACAGUCGGAUGUCCUGCUGAAUUUGUCUGGCCAGAUCUGGAUGAUAAGAUGACUGUGUUCAAAGAAGACAUUAAAACUUGUGGAAUUUGUGCCAAUCGAUUUGAAACAGAGCUCCUGUUACCCAAAGUUCCAAACAAACCAAGCAGAACUGAGGCUCCUGCACAGUAUUAUAUCACCAGCUAUGGGAAUGCUACUUUUGGAACCAGCACUGUCCAUGUGGAAAGACAGAGCAUCUUGGAUAAAUGAAAACAGCCACAAAGGAUAAAUCACUAGCACAACAUCAUUUCUAUCAACGGUAUUUUAUGAUCAUUUCAAAUAA